AUGGCAGACCUCGUCACCACCAACGACCCGCGCAAGGUCGUCGUCAUCACUGGCUGCUCCUCUGGCCUUGGUCGAUCCAUGGCAAUCGAAUUCGAUGCUCAGAAGCAGUACCGCGUCUUCGCCACGGCCCGUAACGUCGAGUCUCUCCGCACGCUCCCCGCUGGCAUCGAGCGCGUGCAGCUCGACGUCACCGACACCGAUUCCAUCAAGCGCGCCUUUGCCGAAAUCACCCAGACCACGCACGAUCGCAUCGACAUCCUCGUCAACAAUGCCGGUGUCAACCUCGCCGUUGGCCCACUGGUCGAGACGCCCAUCGACAACAUUCGCAAGACGUUCGAUGCCAACUUUUUCGGUCUCAUCGCCGUCACACAGGCUGCUGCGCCGUAUAUGAUCAAGCGUCGAUCGGGCGUGGUGGUCAACAUCGGCUCGGUUGCGGCUAUCGCAUGCAUGCCCUUCGGUGGACCCUACUCGGCGUCCAAAUCGGCCGUUCACGCCAUCUCGGACACGCUCAGGCUCGAACUCUCGCCGUUCGGCGUACACGUCGUCGUCGUCGCCCCAGGCGCAAUCAAGAGCUCCAUCGCCGAUAACACCGCUAAGAACCUCCCCAAGCCCAGCGUCGACGGCAAGCAGCAGGACCUCGGAUACCUGCCUUCCGACUCGAUGUACAAACACGUCGAGGACCUCGUCAAGUUCCGCGCCGAGUUCAGCCAGCAGGGUGAACCCACGCCGAGUGAGACCUUCGCAAAGAACGUCAGGAAGUUCGUCACCGCCACCCGACCCGGCGCUUACCUGUUCACGGGCAAGAAGAGUUUGGGUGUGUGGAUCUCAUACUACCUGCCUACGAGUGUUAAGGACUGGAUCAUCGGCAGGAUCUUUUCCAUCCACAGGAUCGGUGAGAGGGCUCACAAGAACAAGAACAUCUGA